AUCAUUGUUUCACUGGCAGCAAAUUCUCUCAUUGUUAUCAUCGUUUAUAAAAUGCCGAACUUAAGAAAACCGAUAAAUUAUUUCAUCGCAAACAUGGCCGCGUCUGAUUUGUUGUUUCCAAUAUUCUCGGUACCUUUGAAAUUGUCACUCUUGCACGCCAACUCGUUUCCUAUCGAUGGUCAGCUUGGCCAGGCCCUGUGUAAGCUUGUCCCUUUCUUUGGUAAUGUUUCCAUUGUCGUGUCGACUCAGAAUCUGAUUCUGAUUGCAGUGGAUCGAUUUGGAGCAGUGGUAUUUCCACUCCAUUCGCCACUCAUCAGAUCCAAACUGUGUCCCUUCUUCAUUCUUGCCACGUGGAUGUUUGCCAUAGUUCUUAGUUCGCCAGACUUGUUCACCGUCGGGCUUGUUGAAUACCCAGGGGGAGCCUUGUGUGUACGGAGAUGGAAGAAAGUAUUCGCAGAGUCCUCGUCCUUUGCCAGUUUCCUACUAGCUUACAACAUUGUGUUUGGAUACAUACCUGUGAUGUUGUUAGUCAUUCUUUACUCCACCAUCUUUAUCAAGCUCAAGACACAGGCACACCCAGGUGAACAGUCCACCAACAAUCAGCAACAGCGGAAAAGAAGAAACAGAAACGUUCUUCAAAUGUCCAUUGCUAUCGUAAUAGUGUUUGUGCUUUGCUGGUUACCUUUCAAUACUAGCCAUGUCAUCAUGCGGUAUCAGGACAGGUCUGCCCAUUUCUCGUGUAGUUUUUGGAUAUACUUUGAUGUAACCAACUUUAUGACUCAAACCUACUGUGCUAUCAACCCGAUUAUCUGCUUCGUUUUUAGUAGCAAUUAUCGAAAAGGUCUUAAAAGACUCAUAAAAUGUUCUUUUGUACAGGUGUAAGUUGCCAAAAUAUGCUUUUGAUUAUAUGCAUGAAUAUGUCAAGAGUUAG